CACACCGGCCAGCUACUCUCAGGCCUGCAGUUCACACUGGAUCCCACUGGAGACACUACUUUUUCCCGGCAGCCCCGGCUGCUUGGGAAAAUCUCAGCUCCUGCAGGGGCUGCAGGUGGACCCCGAGGCCUACACUGCUCCUCAGAUGGUCUACUUUUCCUGACGGCUGGGGCAGCACCAUAUGUCUAUGUGCUUGACCUGGAGGGACGAUCCAUCUGCCACCUGCCCUGCCACACACCAAGGGCUGGGGCCUUUGUUCCAGAGGAUGUGACUGUGACAACUUCAGGGCUUGUGGUGGUCAGUGACCUCAUCCAUGGAGCUGUCCACGCUCUUGAGCACACUGCCUGGGACCCACAGAACCACUGGGUGAUAGUGGGGACUUUUCCAUCCCCCCGAGGGCUGGCUGUGGAUGCCCUGGGUCGCCUCCUGGUAACAGACUAUGUGCGUGGGGUUGUACACAUCUUCAAGUUGGGCCCUACCUGGGAGCCCCAAGCCCUACGCUCAGUGCUGGGUCUGGAGGGCCCUUGCUGGGUAGGUCCAGGUCCUGAAGGGGGCCUGGCAGUGAGCGAGGAGUUUGGGGAUGUGCAACUGUUUGGCAGUGCCUGCCAGCCCUUGGGCUCCCUGGGGACCCUAACAGGGCAUCGCUUUGGCCGCCCUGCAGGUGUGUGUUCUGACUCAGAGGGCAACAUCAUUGUGGCUGAUGAGCAGAGGCACCAGGUGAUCCUGUUUCCCCGGGCUGGGCCACCCAUCUGCCUGCUGUCAAAGAGGCUGAAACGGCCUUUGGGUGUGGCCUGUGUUCCCCAGGGCCGGCUUGUGGUGGCAGAUGCUGGAGACAACUGCAUCAAGGUGUACCAGUACCUUGGAGAACUGGAUUGAUGCUGGGCACUGAUGAAAACACCCCUCACUCCUGGCCAGCCU